CUUAAGCACUCAACUGACGACAAACAUUGUCUUUUGCGCCAACCUCCCACCCUGAUUUGAACUGAUCUGAACCCAAUUUAUUGUGUCGCGAAACAGUAUCCUAAUUGUCUGCGACUUCAUCUUCACCAUCCAGAGAGCACAGCAUUGAAUCAUGUCAUACAAUUAUGGAGGUAGGUGUAUUGAAUCCCUCCCCCAGCUUUGCCAUCGGCAUCUCGAUACAUACCAAUUUAGCACAAAUACUAACAUACUCUCUGCAUAGCCUCACCUUAUGGCCGUCCUCCAGGCUUUGGAUCAUUCCCAGGCCAGAGCGGUUCUCCGCCUGGCAUGGGACCACCACCAGGAAUGGGUAAGUUCGAUGUCUUUGCGACACCCUCUCACACUCCUAACUGCGAUACAGGUCCUCCACCAGGGAUGUCAGCGCCAGGUACGGCUCCUCCUCCUGGAAUACAGCAAGCCAAUAGUACUCAGGCUAGCCGACCAAGCGGCCUCCCGGCCAGCUUCCAGGGCCCUCCAAACAUGCCGAAUAUAAACUUCUCCGCGCCCGUUAUUCGGUUGGGUACAGGUCCCUCGAAGCCUAACACGCCAAUGACAGGCCCUGGUGGAAGGAGAGAAGGUCAAGAUCAAAUGUCUACCGGUGGAAGAGCUGGAUUGGGGGCAGAGCGGGGCAUGGAAGCUCAGCGACAGGCCCUCCGAGACAGCAUGAUGUCUUUGGUCCCGCCUACCAAGGAGGAAAUAGUACGAACGCUCUUCAUUGGGGGGAUUACAGACGGUGCUGAUGGAGACGAUGGAAUCGAGCGAAUAUUAUGCACGGCAGGAAGACUACGGAGAUGGGACAGAGCGACAGAUGCAGACGGCAAGCAGUGCUCUUUCGGGUUUGCGCAAUACGACGACGCAGAAAGCUUGGAAACCGCCGUUGAAGUUUUGAAGGACAUUGAAACUCCUCUCAAGAAGCAGCCACCCAGCACCGGGGCGAUAAAGGCUGAGGGAGAAGAUGAUGAUGAGAUUGAAAAGGCAAAACUACUUGUUUUUGUGGACGACAAUUCCCUUAAUUACCUCGAGAACUACAACUCAAAUCGAGGAGACGAUUCUGCCGCCCAGCAAUCUCGACUCGAUGUUGCGCGAGCAGACCUCAAGGGUGUUCUAUAUGAAUUGUUCCACCCUCCAAUGUUUGUAAAGAUGGAAAACCUCGACGGGGACACAGAAAUGCAGGAUGCGGAUGGGAGCAAGGAUAACAUAGAAGUUGUCAAUAUACCAUUGGCGGUCGAUGAUGAACUAGCGGAUAUCCCAGCAGAAAUGCGAGAGACGGUCGCACAAGAAAUCACGGCAUUUAGAGAUCGUAGUACCAGAAGGGAUAUGGAACGCCUUAAGCGAGAGGAGGAAAUGGAGGCUUUGGAACGACAACGCAACGGAGCUCCUCGACCAUCACGACUUGCAUCACCCGGCCCUCAGAUUCCACAUGGUCCAGCAGCUGGAACCAAUAAUAUUCCUCUUGGUCCCCGAGGUGUUCCCAAUGCUCCAUCCGGUCCCAAACUUCAAGGUCAACAAAUUCCUCGUGACUACCAGCAAGGAGUGAAAUUCAUCAACGGUAGCGGUAUAAACGGUGCAUCAAAUAGCGAACACUGUAUCAAUCGAGAAGAGGAAGAUGACCCCGCGAGCGACGAAGAGCUUGAAAGACGGCGCAACGAUAAGAAAAAGGAAGAAUUGGAGAAUCAGUAUCGCGAUCAAGAACGGCGUUGGCUGAACCGUGAAAAAUCACGGACAGCUGCAGUGGAACGAGAAAAUGCGCGUGAGGGUGAUGACGAGGGAAGACUCAAGGUUGAAAAAGAAAAGAUGGCUCAGCGUCUCAAGGCAUGGGAUGAUGAUGUAGAGGCUUCCAGAAAGAAAGAGGAGUAUUAUGCAGACAGAAGUAUGUGGAUUCGCAACCGCGCCAUAUUUCGAGCACGCGAAGCCCUUGCGGAUGACAGAGACCGUGCUGCAGAGCAAAAAGAACGCCAGCGAGAGAUGGCCGAUAAAGAGCAAGCUCGGGGUAUGGCCGAUUCAUUCCUGGACCGCCAAGCUGAAGAAUUGGAAACUCGUGCAGGUCGCGCUCAGCAGCCAUUCAAGCUGUCACUUGGCGCUGCUGCACAGAAAGCCCAGAAAGCUGCACCUCCUCGGCGAACUGUUGCCGAAGUCGAAGGUCUCCUGGAAGAUGAGGAGGAUGCUGACAAAACCUCGAAGCGAACUCUUGUACCUAUCAAGUUCGAUCCAUCGACAGCGGCAUCUGCUCUUACGCAUGAAGAGCGUGAUCAGGCGAUCAGACAACUUGCUGCCGAUAUUCCGAAUGAUAAAGACGGUUUAUGGACUUGGGAUGUCCAGUGGGGAUUUGUUGAUGAUGGUGUGGUUGAAGAAAAACUCAAGCCAUUUGUGGAGAAGAAAAUCAUGGAAUAUCUCGGCGUGCAAGAGCAAUUACUCGUUGAAGUAGUUGAGGAACAUAUCAGGACUAGAGGGAAGCCUCAGGAUUUGGUAGAUCAACUGGCUGGUGUAAGUUACGCCCUUCGCUCCUUGAAGUAUGUAUGCUAAUCAAUGUGGCAGGCACUUGACGAAGAGGCCGAGGCUCUAGUCAAGAAGUUAUGGAGAAUGUUGAUUUUCUUCUCGGAGAGUGAGAAGAGGGGACUUUCUGCUUGAGGCGUACAAUCCGCGAUGAUUUUCUACCGGCUCACAAAUACCUAGCGCGAGGUCAAUUACAGAAUCGGGUGUCCUUCCUUCGGCCUUGGAGGUUUAAUACAGUUUCACAUUUGGGGGCGGUUGUACGAUAUGAUACAAAAUUGGCUGUCAAGCAGAGAAGCAGUCACUAUCAAAAAAUGAAUAUUCAUUUGAGACAAAUCUGACUGAUUGCUAGGUCAGCCUUCUUACGUGUAUCCCAUACAACGUAGUAGUGAACUUGGGUUCAUAAGAAAUAUAUGAUGUGUUUUUUUCAUGGACAAGAGGUGCGAGCAAUCACAAUAUAUAUCCCCGCAAGAGAAGAAUUAUAACGAGCUGGCUUAUUGCAUAGUAAAACUCGUUAGAUCUAGUGAACACUGUCUAUCCUGCUUUGGGGUUUCACUAAUUAGAAAGAGAAGUAAAAGUAACUAUAGAAAAGAUUUAUGUACUAAUAUCUUUACAUACUUAGAAUUCGUUAUAUGAAG